GGAAUUUGGCCGUUGGAAGGUAAAUAACUUAGCCGUCGAGAGAAAGAAUUUUCUUGGCUCCCCGCUGCCUCUCGCCCCUGAAUUUUUCCGGAACAUAAGACUAUUAGGACGUAGGCCGACUCUUCAGCAGAUCACAGACAAUCUUAUCAAGAAAUAUGGGACACACUUCUUGUUGUCAGCUACCCUGGGAGGUAAGGUCACUCUCAAGAAGUAUUCUACCUGUCUAUUUAACCUUCUCAGCAACGAUGCAUUAAUUGUGAAAACGACUGUCUAUGAUGGAAAGAACAUCAUAUACCUCAUGGUGCAUUUGUUUAGUAAUCUCCAUUAUUUCUUUUAAUUUAGGUUUUAUAAAUUCUAAAAUAUACUGGGGAAAAGAGGAAGGGGAAGAAUCUGCACACACACACAAAAAUCACUUAAUCCAUCACAUUCAUGUACAGUCUGAAAUAUAGAAACUAGUUUCAGAAAAUCCAUAUACAAAGAACACGGAUAAGUCGCCACUGAAUGGCCAAAAGAUUUUAAAGACUGAGUUAUGAGUUGUGAGUUAUGGUCUGACCAGUUUAGCGGAAUCUUUCCUUCAAUAUUCACACAACCAAUAAACCUUGUGAAGGAACAGAGUUCAUUGAUAAACAUAUAUCAUUUGGUUGGGGUUAAUUGCUGCCUGGAUGGGUUAAAAUCAAAAGGUCAAAAGUUUAGCUAAUGAUUGGAAGCCUUAAAAAAAAAUUCUAUAGUAUAUUAGAGUUUUCACGAUAUGACAAUUGUAAUAAAACAGUUCACCUUCUUAUUCCCUCCGCUUUCCUGCCUCUCACACCCCUCUCCCUUUGCUCUGUCGUAUUCUUCAUCACCAUUUUUGUUUCUGAUGUUUGCUUAUUUAGUGUGUUACACAGUGUUGAGGCUCAUGUUCUCAGAUAAAGGUUAGGAUAAAGGAGUGUCAGUACUCUGCUCAUGUCGCAAAUUUUAAAAAAACACGUUAAACUGGAUACGUUUCCAUCCCUGUGUUGUGCCAUCCCCUUUUUCUAGAUGCAAUUAUUUAUUUAUUUAAUUUGGUUAUCUUCUUCUUCUUUGGCGAUCCCUUGAAGCCGAGUAAGAUUGCCUUCCAUAAACACAGUCUUAACAGUGAGUCCAUAAGUGACUGUGGAGGCCAAUUCUGGAUCCACACAUCCUUCCACAGUUGGGACAUUGGUUUCUAGGCAGGAGCUGAUCCCGGUGAGGGUUUGCCAAGCGUGCCUUUCUCUUAGCACAUUUCUCCGUUGCGUCCUGAGUUUGAGUGUCUUCAAAGCCCAUCACACGUUGCGUAAAGGCUGUUCUCCAAUUAGAGCGCUCGCAGGCCAGUGUUUCCCAAUUAUUGGUGUUUAUAUUACAUUUUUUUAGAUUUGCCUUGAGACAGUUUUUAAACCUCUUUUGUUGACCACCAGCAUUACGCUUUCCAUUUUUAAGUUCGGAAUAGAGUACAGUGGUACCUUUGGUUGCAGAUAUGAUCCGUUCCGGGGUGCCGUUUGCACCCCGAAAAGUCCAUAACCGGUGCUUCUGUGCUUGUGUGAAGCACGAUAGAGCGCUUCUGCACAUGGACGAAGUGCGCAGAACGCUUCUGCGCAUUUGCGCACAGCGAAACCUGGAAGUAAACACUUCCAGGUUUCCUGUGUUCUUAACCCGAAUAAAUGCAACAUGAAGCGUUCGAAAGUAGAGGUAUGACUGUAGUUGCUUCGGAAGAUGAUAAUCAGGCAUCCACACAACAUGACCAGUCCGCCCUACACCUGUAGAACUCAGGGUGGUUCACCACAUAAAAUUACAAUUUAAAAGACACAGAAUACAGUGGUACCUCAGGUUACAUACGCUUCAGGUUACAUACAGUUCAGGUUACAGACUCUGCUAACCCAGAAAUAGUACCUCGGGUUAAGAACUUUGCUUCAAGAUGAGAACAGAAAUCGCGCGGUGGCGGCGCAGCAGCAGCAGGAGGACCCAUUAGCUAAAGUGGUACCUCAGGUUAAGAACAGCUUCAGGUUAAGAACAGACCUCCGGAACGAAUUAAGUAUGUAACCAGAUGUACCACUGUACAUAGUGUUACGGUAAAAUCUGGGUGCGGGGCUGCUCUGCCACCCAGCUCGUCGGACUAAGUCCGCGGGUCCCUGCGGAAGAAAGUGAGCUCAGCCGGAGACAGGAGCAAACUGCAGAAGAUCCAAGUUUAUUGCGCAACAGGUUCAAGGCGAGAUUGAACAGCAAGAAAGGGGUGACAUGAACUUUUGAAAUUUCCCUCCAUGUCCCAGAAUACAGUGCAAAAUACAUCCCAGUUUCAUCAUGAAUACAUUAAGAAGAGGUUGGGUUACACAGAUUACAUCACGAAUACAUUAGGAAGAGGUUGGGUUACACCGGAUUAACAUAUGGAGGAGGGAGGGGGGAAUAUGCAGAGCUGGAGAUAUGCGCAGAUAAGCACAUCCUGAGAAGACAAUGGUCCAUGUAUGCAUAGUCUGUCACCUGGCAUCGCCCGGAGGAAGGGCUUGGCAGAGCGAUUUGACAGGAUUAGGGUCUUGACACCUUGCUUGAGGGAUUAUGGAGGACAGGGGAGGUGUCAUGGAGUCCUAGAGAAAUUGAGCAAAUUGGCGCGUUGAUUUUCUAUGAAUUUUAUAGAUUUUAGUCCCUUUUGACAUUGACAAUUGGAAAUAAAUGGAUAUAUUGUAGCGAAGAAGAAGGUGAAGAAGACAUGCCCCCCCCUUCCGUAUCAAUAGUAAAAAAUAAAAACAAAGACAACCCAAUAAUCCCCUCCUUCCAUUACACGUUUAAAAGAGCAUCAGAUGUCAACCAACCAAAGGCCUGGUUGAAGAGGAAUGCUUUUGCCUGGUGCCCAAAGGUGUAUAAUGAAAGAGGCAGUCGAACCUCCCUGGGGAGAGCAUUCCACAGAUAGGGAGCCACUGCAGAAAAGGCCCGUUCUUGUGCUGCCACCCUCCAGACCUCUCGUGGAUGAGGCACACAAAGAAGGGCCUCAGAAGAUUAUCUCAGGGUCUGGGUCGGUUCAUAUGAAGAGAGGUGGUCCUUGAAGUAUUGUGGUCCUGAGGUAUUGCAGACGGGCAAUUACUCAGCGAAGAGCUCCAAAAAUGCACCCCAGAUCUCUUUGAAGUUUGUCUUUUCAUGCAGUUAGUGGAACAGGGUUUUCUCAUGGGCUGCUCGCUGUAGGAGGUCUUGCAUUCAGAUUUUUCUGCUUGGUGUGGCCUGUGCUUUCCAUUAUUGGAGGUUUAUUCGUUUUCCUGUCAGUCUUCAGCACCUUAGAGAGGCACCACAGAGUUUGGUCUAGAGGGAGGAUUUGCUUCGCUUUCAUUUCAGGAGAAGAAGGGCUUAGUAGGAGGAAGAAGGGAAGAGUGUGCUUUCUUGUUUGGUUAUAAAAAAACACACACAGAGAUUUUAAGCUUUUUGCUGGAAGAGAGUUGCUGAAUGAGCUGCUGAACCCUGGAGAUGCUGAAAACUCUGUCUGGAAGACAUUGCUUUAAGGAACUUAAAGAAAAUAAUGGGCAGCCUGGAAUAGCUGGAUGUGUUUGUCCUGGUUAUUAUUGUUGCCUUUUGCUGUUAUGCUUUGGGGUUUUGUCUGUGCAGUAACUAUUCAGAUUUUAAAACCCUUUUUCCUUAAGUAUAAUCUUUUCUUCAGUUUACUUAUUUUGGUUAAGAAGCUAGGGGAAAGAAGAAGAAGAAGAAGAAGAAGAAGAAGAAGAAGAAGAAGAAGAAGAAGAAGAAUGGUAAAGGACCCCUGACAGUUAAUUCCAGUCACGAACGACUCUGGGGUGGUGGCGUUCAUCUCACUUUACAGGCUGAGGGAGCUGGCGUUUGUCUGCUCUGCAGACAGUAUUUCUGGGUCAUGUGGCUAGCAUGACUAAACCGCUUCUGGCAAAACCAGAGUAGCGCAUGGAAACGCUGUUUACCUUCCUGCCGGAGCGGUACCUAUUUAUCUACUUGCACUUUUGGUGUGCUUUCGAACUGAUAGGUUGGCAGGAGCUGGGACUGAACAACAGGAGCUCAUAAUCAUAAUCAUAAUCAUAAUCAUAAUUUAUUUAUACCCCGUCCAUCUGGUUGGGUUUCCCCAGCCACUCUGGGCGGCUUCCAACAAAAGAUUAAAAAUACAUUAAAACAUCAGUCAUUAAAAACUUCCCUGAGCAGGGUUGCCUUCAGAUGUCUUCUAAACAUCAGAUAGUUGUUUAUUUCUUUGACAUCUGAUGGAAGGGCAUUCCAUGGGGUGGGUGCCACUACCAAGAAGGCCCUCUGCCUGGUUCCCUGUAACUUCAGUUCUCACAGUGAGGGAACCGCCAGAAGGCCCUCAGUGCUGGACCUCAGUGUCUGGGCUGAACGAUGGGGGGUGGAGAUGCUCCUUCAGGUAUACUGGGCCACGGCCAUUUAGAGCUUUAAAGGUCAGCACCAACACUUUGAAUUGUGCUCGGAAACAUACUUGGAGCCAAUGUAGGUCUUUCAGGACUGGUGUUAUGCAGUCUCGGUGGCCACUCCCAGUCACCAGUCUAGCUGCUGCUUUCUGGAUUAGUUGUAGUUUCCGGGUCACCUUCAAAGGUAGCCCCACGUAAAGCACACUUGUGAUUCCCAUCACAAGUGAGAAGCUUGCAAACAUGCACCCCUAUUGGGGGUGGACAGCACAUCUGUUUAUGUCUGUCCUGACAGCAGUGCAUUCUUGGUGAUGGGACUGAAGUCCAACCCUCUGAAUCCCUCAGCCUCCAACCAAUUCGGCUCCUCAGCUACUGUGGGAACCUUACUCUCAGGUCGCAGGGUGGAAACUGGAUUGGCCAAGCUUCCUGUUAUGUACUGAAAUUCUCACCCUGGGCCAGCAGGAGGAUACUGUAGAUAGUUUUCACUCAGGUCCACAUAUGCAAAUAAGGGAUUGAAAGUGACGUUCAGUGAUUGGAUAGUUACAGAAAAUGGUUACUGUUGCGUUCUAGUGGAGCUCUAUAUAAGCAGGCUGGCUGAACCCUUCAGUUCAGUUCUGUUCUGGCCUGCGAAUAAACAAGAGCUGUUUGAAGAAUCACUGUGUCUGAUAUGUUCACCCACAACUUAACACUUCCCCUCCCCUUUCAUGAGGUCUGGUAGUCCUGAGGUGAAACCCUUAUCCCAGUUGCUGCUUGAGCUGUGUGUACCCCCCAGAAUCCUCAGAAUCCUUAUCCUCGUCCCCCUCUGACAGAUCCUGCCACUCCUGUCCUACCAGGUGUCACAGGGACCCAUGGCAUUCUCCUUUCCAGGCAAUUUUCCUGGAUGUUAAGCAAUUCCACAUCAUUGCAGGGGAGAAGAUUGCUGCUGCCUUCAAAUAUGUCGACAUAUUUCUUCCAGAAUUAUCCAGAACAUGUUUUUCUUCCAGAAUUAUUUAGAGUGGUAUCCAGUGCCCUCAUUCUGUUGGUGCAAGGAUUUAUGCCUGCACAAUGGAAAUUUCUCUGCUCUUCUCCCUCCCUCCCCCCCCGCCCCCCGAUUCUCCCACCCUCCCCAGAUGUACGGUGGAGCCUUGUGGUGAAAACCCUGAACUGAUUUAGAGAUUGUUCUGGGUGAGGAGAACAUGGGGAGGGGGUUUCCAUUGCGCAACUAGAAAUCCUUGCCGUAGUAGAAUGAGUGGAUUAACACUACUUUGGAUUCAAGCCUUAACUUCAGAGGUGGGGGGUGGGUGGAUGUGAGGAAUCCAAGAUGGCGGCUGGUAGUAGUAGUUAAGGCUUGUAGAAGUAGCAUUAGUACUAUUAUUGUUAUUUCUUCGUUUUUAAAAGGAUUUAAAUAGUGGGAGGCAGCCCAUCAAUGGAAAGUGGAAGGGUGACAAUUUAUUGUGGGCCUCUUGAACCCGUGCAGGAUUGGCACAAAAGUUAACAAUGAGGGGGAAAGUAACCCAUGUUGAUUGCUGAACUGUGCAGCCUAGAACUGGAUAUACAUUCCUGUUAAAUGUCUACUCCUCUUAUGCUCUCAUCCCCAACACGAACAAACAUACUUCCAUUAAAGCUCCUGAGAGUUGUAAUCUUCUCUUCACUUAAAUGCUAUUCAGUAGAUGGGAGCAGUGCAAGCAGAGCAGAACAGAGGUAUCAUUUUAAUCAGAGAGGUUGCACACACCAAUUCGAAAUGGACAGUUCCUGACACAGCAUAUUCCUGCUCUGCAGCUGCCAACCGAAUAGUGUUUUUUAUCAGCAUUUUACGAAUUAUUUUUUUAAAAAAAAUCCUGUAAGUUUUAUACAAUUGAACUGUCAGUCAUGGUAUGCUGGGAACACAGAUAGAUUUUUGUGUGUGUGCGUGAGCACCCUCACUUCAGUGAGAUUUUGAUCUAUCUGCUUCUUUCUUUCUUUCUUUAAAAAAGGAGAAGGAAGAGGAGGAGGAGUCAUGAUGGGGCUUAACAUAUUGUUAUCUUAAGCGACAAAAAGAAACUAUAUCUGGAAAAGACCUUUACAAAACUGAUGCUGCUGCAUCAGUUAUAGAACUCAAGCACCUGCCAGAGGAGAAAAAGACUGACAUUUUCAUAAUAUACAGUUGAGGCUUCACUUUCAGAAAAUGAAUUAAAGAAAGACAUUCUUUGCACGAAUCAAAGGUGUUCGACAAGAUUGUCCGGCGGGAAGGCUACACAAUCACAGGCAUUAUCUUUAAUAUAAUCACCCACCAAGGGAUAAAACAGUUUUCCUCAAUUGUCACUCUUUGGCGGUUGCCUGUGUGGGCAAUUCUGAGCACUAAUUAUCUUCCCCGCUGCAUAAUUCCUAUUCCUUCUUCUCCAGAUCUCUCUGUUGGAUUAUUUCUCCCUCCCAUUCAACCUAUUAUCAAAUAGAUGGUAUACACCCCCCCUCCCCUUGUAAAUUUCUUAAUGUUGCACACAAUGACAUCGCUUUUGAAAACAGCAUGUGUAUGAAUUUAGGUAUGCCGUUUUCCUUGAUGCUAAUGGGAGCCGUGUGGAUAGAGCUUUAUCUGCACUCUCUUGAAUAUUUUUAAUCUCCCUGAGGCCAUGGUCACAAAAGGAAAUGUUGUGUUCCACAGUAGCCUAAAAAACUUGUGAGUGGGAUGGUCUUCCCAGAACCAUCUGCUGCUGCCAUUUAAUUGAUGUUUGAGAACUUCAGAGAUGGGCAGCGUAAAGUCUUAUUGCUCAGAGCCAAUAUAAACUUGUCAUAUUCACCCCCUGUCGGUUUGUGUUUCGGUGUUCCAUUUGUAUGGUUUACUUAACAGGGGUCAGCAAACUUUUUCAGCAGGGGGCCGGUCCACUGUCCCUCAGACCUUGUGGGGGGCCGGACUAUAUUUUGGGGGGGAAAUAAUGAACGAAUUUCUAUGCCCCAUAAAUAACCCAGAGAUGCAUUUUAAAUAAAAGCACACAUUCUACUCCUGUAAAAACACACUGAUUCCCAGACCGUCCGCGGGCUGGAUUUAGAAGGCGAUUGGGCCGGAUCCGGCCCCUGGGCCUUAGUUUGCCUACCCAUGGUUUACUAAGUUAAAUUAUAAGCAGAGGUGUAGCAUGUGGGGGCCCCCAAGGGGCAGUUGCCCCGGUCGCAGAAUUAUUAGGAGCACAAAAUUUCAACGCCCAGUGCUGCCUCAAUACAGCUGCAUGCUUAAAUUGCUGGGCUCUGUUGAAAACGGCUUCUCCAUGUGAACCAGGAAGUGACCUCUCCAGAAAACAGAAUGACUCUUCUUUUUCUAUCUCCACAGCUGUGAUUUCCUGGGUGAUGGGGAUGCUGUUAAGCAGUUGAGUGUGCAUGUGCACUCCAUCUGUUUCCCUCCCUCCCAUCCCUCGCUCCAUGCAGCCCCGGGCGUUGGUAGCCCACAUUACGCCACUGAUUGCAAGUACCAUUGUUGGUUUACAACAGAAAUGCUUCCCUUUUCCCUUAAUUGCAUAUAGAUUUCCUGCAAAAUUAUUUUUGGUCAACAUUAUUAUUAUUAUUUAUUGAAUUUAUAUAGCGCUCUAUGCCUGCAGGUCUUGGGGCGGCUCACAGGAGAAAAUCAGAAUAUAAAAACCACAAAGUACAUAAUCAAAAUAAAAACAACAACAACCCAAUACCCCCCCCCCGCCACACACACACACACAUUUUAAAAGGGCAUAGGAUGUCAAUCAAAUCAACCAAAGGCCUGGUUAAAGUGGACCAGUUUUUGCCUGGUGCCUAAAGGCUGCCAACCUAGCAGUUCGAAAGCUCCUCAAAGUGCAAGUAGAUAAAUAGGUACCGCUCCGGCGGGAAGGUAAACGGCGUUUCCGUGCACUGCUCUGGUUCGCCAGAAGCAGCUUAGUCAUGCUGGCCACAUGACCCAGAAGCUGUAAGCCGGCUCCCUUGCCAAUAGAGCAAGAUGAGCACCGCAACCACAGAGUCGGCCACGACUGGACCUAAUGGUCAAGAGACCCUUUACCUUUACUAAAGGUGUAUAAUGAGGGCACCAGGCGAAUUUCCCUGGGGAGAGCAUUCCACAGACAGGAUGGUAGUAAGAAAAGAGGAAGCCAAUUUUGCAUUUUCCUUUCUUCACGAGAGCUGACAAACAUUUGUAUUCAUGUGCAAGGAAGCAAACUUGGCAAAUGCAUGACUUGUGGAGAGAUUUUUUCGUAUGCCCCUGCAACCUGCUGACUGGCAAGGCUAUUCCCUUUUGACCAUAAAGUGGAUGGCACUGUCUGAAAUAUUUCCAAAUCUCUAUUCACAAACCCUGAAACAUGCUGCCCUUGGGUUUUCUAAAUGGGAGCUCUGAAAAACUGCUUUUAAAAAUAAAAAUAUUACUGUGAGAAAGUGUGGGGAGCGGGGAUUCUUGCUGCUUUAUUGUUCUGUAGAAAAUAUGGUUUCUGGUGGCAAGGGGUAGUAUUCAACUAAGUUUUACUCAGUGUAGACCCAUUGAGAUUAAUUACUAUGACUAAAUUAGGUCCAUUAGUUUCAAAUGUCAAUGUCACUAAAGUUUAAACACGUUAAUAUGUUAAAUGCAGUAAGUUGCUUGUACUGAAUAAGAAAACAUGUAUUUACACCAUAUAUUGUAUUUGAAGAAUAUUUUAUCUGGCCUAAGAUUCUAGAGCACUUUUUUGUUUGGUUUUGACCUGUCCUAGAGGCAUUCAUAUAUGGUAUGUUCUUUUGUUCAUUGGCCUAAAAUACUACUUCUUCUUUGUCUAGUCCAGCUGCCAGAAUUUUAUUGGCUAAACACUGGAAAAUUAGUUUACCAACCAGCACAGUGUAUUUCUUCAUGACAUUAAAAUGCCAGAUAACCCAGAAGAAGGUGGUAUUUAAUAACCAGUAAGGCACCUGAUUUUUAAAAUCACUCUUCCAAUAAAUGGUUUGAAAAUGAUAUAGUCAGGGCUUUUCCCCCCCAGCCAGAGCUCUGUUCUGGCCCCUCUCAGCUGGGUGCCAUUGCCAUUUUUCUAAGAGUACAAGGAAGAACUUGGUGAACUCCAGCACCUCACUUUGUGGAAAAAUAGCACUGCAUACAGUAUUUUUGUAACUGCCCUUCCCCAUAGUACCUCAGGGUCCUCUCCUUUCCACUUUGCACCCCAAUACGAGGCAAAUUCGACCGAGAAACUGGUGACUGGACCAAAUUCACCCCAGUGAGCUUCACAGGGGAGCAGGUUUUUCCAACCUAGCUUAGCCCAGUACUCAAACCGCUACAUUUCACUGGCUUCCUGGUAAAAAAAUCACCCCCAUUGUAAAGCCAAUACCUGUCACAUCCUCAUAAUCAUGGCUGGCAUAUGAGACCAUUGAUAUAAGACUGCAUAGAGUUUCUCUGCCAGUUUCUACAUCUCUCAAUUCAGGAAUUUGCAAUUCUCUUUCCCAAUCACAUUUAUAUUUUCAGGUCUUUGGUUUGAUACCUUACGAUAUGACAUACAUUUUUUGAUAAGUCCCUGGCAUAUUUUGAAAUGUACUGUAUUUUUUGGUGUAUGAGACUAGGUUUUUUCCCUAAAAAAUAAUGUCCAAAAUUUGGGGGCGUCUUAUGCACGGAUAGAUCUCCCCCGCAUUUUCUUAAAUUGGAGUCCCCCAAAAUAGUCUUAUACAUUGGGGCGUCUUAUAGAUGGGAAAAUAUGGUAUUUUUUAUUUUAUUUUUGGUGGCAGUGGGGGAGAGAGAGAAAAGGAGGUAUCAGGCUUUGCUGAAUAUAUGGAUCAGUGCAAUACAUCAUCUCUAGCAGGAAAAGGCGAUUGGCUUCUUUUCCUGCUAGAGAUGAUGUAUCUUCUUCUUCAGCACAUCCCAAUCAACCCUGGAAGGACAAGGCGUUCAGAGCAUCCCUUUCCACUGGAAGCCCCUAUUUGCCCAGACUCCAUCACCACACUACUCAAUCAGCUUCCUCCCCAAAGAGAUGCUUUUCCUGCCUUGGGGGAAAGGCAGUAGGAGAUGGAAUGCAGGGUGGGGUGUGUGUGGAAUCAAUAAGGAGCAACUGCUCAAGGUGGGCUCUCCUCACCCUACUUCUACUUACUGUACUGUGGUACCUCAGGUUAAGAACUUAAUUCGUUCUGGAGGUCCGUUCUUAACCUGAAACUGUUUUUAAACUAAAGUACCACUUUAGCUAAUGGGGCCUCCCGCCACCAUGCCGCCACCGUGCGAUUUCUGUUCUCAUCCUGAAGCAAAGUUCUUAAGCCAGUGUGGUGUAGUGGUUAAGAGUGGUAGUCUCGUAAUCUGGUGAACCGGGUUCGCGUCUCCGCUCCUCCACAUGCAGCUGCUGGGUGACCUUGGGCCAGUCACACUUCUUUGAAGUCUCUCAGUCCCACUCACCUCACAGAGUGUUUGUUGUAGGGGAGGAAGCGAAAGGAAAACGUUAGCCGCUUUUGAGACUCCUUCGGGUAGUGAUAAAGCGGGAUAUCAAAUCCAAACUCUUCUUCUUCUUCUUCUUAACUUGAGGUACUAUUUAUGGGUUAGUGGAGUCUGUAACCUGAAGCAUCUGUAACCUGAAGCGUCUGUAACCCGAGGUACCACUGUAAUUCCUGUUACGAUAUGAGAGCAACGCAGCUGCAAACUGGCAGCUUGGUGAAAACAUCACAUGAUAUGACUAGCUGUGGGAAAGAAUCUUCCCGGAAGUUCACAGGCUUCAGAAGUCUUUGUUCUGUGUGUAAUAUGAGACCUUCCUGUUGCGGAUGUGAAGGAAGUCUUAGUCACUUGCUUGCUGAACACUGAACUGUUCGGACAUGUUUUUUGUAGUGUUGCAAAGUCAGAAAUAAACAAGAUGUAAAGGACUUUCUGUUUUUGCAAAACAACAAUCUUGAAUAUAAUAUAUAAAAACCACCUGAGACUUCCCUCCUCCUCAACUAGUGGUUUUCCUAAUUAUACUCUGAUAUUGCAUUUUGUUGUUAUUAUUACCCUUAAUCCAAAUCUUGAACACACCAUUUGAACAUCAUACUGAUAAUUGAUAUCUCUAACCUUACAAAACUUAUUGUAGCCCUACUAACGAUGUCAAUUGUUUACAAUUGUCUUUCAAAUACAACAUAAAUUUAUUCCAGUCUUUCAGAAAGGUCUUGCUGGUUCCAAAUUUUCCUAGUUAGUUUCACCAACUCAGCAUAGUCCAUUAACUUCAUCUGCCACUUUUGAAUGUUUCUCACCCCCUGUUUCCCUUCCCAUCAUUUUGUAAAGAGUUAUUCAUUCUAGAACUAGAAUUCCAUGACUGUGCCCUGUUACAACAAUCUCAUUGUUUUCGGUGUCUGUUUUAUCCUCAGCUGAAGCUUCAUAUGGUCUGAAAGUCCAGCAUUUCUACUGCUAUUUUGACUAAAUUAUUAACAAAGACAUACAAUAUGUUGGCCCAAUAAUUCCUUCUACACAUUUAUUGAUUAAUUGAUUGAUUGCUUAAAUUUCAAUGCUGUUUAUCGUUCAAAUGAACCCCAAAACACAUUUACUUUUUGGAAGUACUGUUUACUACGGGGGUGGGAACCCCAGCUUGGGGGACAAUUGUGGUCCAAGCCUCUCCGCAGAUCACAACUCUCACCAGCCCUCUUUGCUCUGCACACUCAUCAGAUAGUUUUGCCAGGCUUUAGCAUGCCCUUCAAGACAUGGGUGGCGCUGUGGGUUAAACCACAGAGCCUAGGACUUGCCAAUCAGAAAGUCGACGGUUCGAAUCCCCGCGACGGGGUGAGCUCCCACUGUUCGGUCCCUGCUCCUGCCAACCUAACAGUUUGAAAGCACAUCAAAGUGCAAGUAGAUAAAUAGGUACCGCUCCAGCGGGAAGGUAAACGGCGUUUCCGUGCGCUGCUCUGGUUCACCAGAAGCGGCUUAGUCAUUCUGGCCACAUGACCCGGAAGCUGUACGCCGGUUCCCUCGGCCAAUAAAGCGAGAUGAGCGCCACAACCCCAGAGUCGGUCACGACUGGACCUAAUGGUCAGGGGUCCCUUUACCUUUACUAGCAUGCCCUUCAACUAUGAUAAUGUCUCUUGCUUGCCCCAGUGGAGGAUGGAAAGGUGUGGGCAAGCAGUGGGGUAGAACCCUCUGACUUUUUACGCAGAUGAACCACACCACUGUGCAAAGGUAGAGUCACAUCUAUUAUGUCACCCACUUUUGCCUCUGGACUCACUCACUGCUGUUAUGUAGCCCCUGUAAGGUUACCCUCAGCCUUAAAAAAAGGUUUACAAUGAUGAAGAGUCAGCUUAUCAUUGGCAUAAAUGCUAUCCAUUUUAAUGGAAUGAGAUUGCAGUACCAUCCACCAGCUCCCUCCAGCUGGAAUGGGGCAUGGAAGGAGAAAUAUUCCUGCACAGAGCGCUCAUGGAAGCCCCUUUCGGCCAUUCUAUUUAUGAAGAAGAAGAAGAAGAGUUUGGAUUUGAUAUCCCGCCUUUCACUCCCCUUCAGGAGUCUCAAAGCGGCUAACAAUCUCCUUUCCCUUCCUCCCCCACAACAAACACUCUGUGAGGUGAGUGGGGCUGAGAGACUUCAAAGAAGUGUGACUGGCCCAAGGUCACCCAGCAGCUGCAUGUGGAGGAGCGGAGACGAGAACCCGGUUCCCCAGAUUACGUGACUACCGCUCUUAACCACUACACCACACUGGCUCUUAUGGAGAACACAUGAGUGAGAAGUGUGGUUGCAGCCCUGGAGUCUGCAUAUGCAACUCAAACAUCUGAAGAGUGGGAACCUUCCCAUGUGUAGGCUGCAUGCAAUCUUGAGCUCUGAGAGCGGUGAUCAAAGCUGCAGAGAAGUCUGUCUGCAGCAAGGCUCCCUUCCUCCUUCCCUUCAAAGGUUUGUGUUACAUGUAAGCACAACAGGGGAGUGGCUACCUUAUGCACCAAGUUCUCCUUCACAGUCUUAACACCUCAGUAGGCUUUGAGUCACAUGGUUUCAUUGCCAUAGUAGGCAACGGGAACAAACUCAGUGUGCAUAUACCACCCUGGGAAUUGCUACACACUUACUAUCCUGAUAGUGGCUAAUAUAUAUUGCUAGCUGCUUCCCCAAAAUAGUCCAUCAUCCUUCACAUGCCAUCUGACUGGAGCACUGCGUGGUUUUAAAAUGGAAGGUUUAUGUUCCUUUCAUUACUAAUAAGAAGAGAAAAUUGGAAGGUAGGCUUUUUGAAUACGUCUACAGUGCAAAAUAUGUCUAGAGGCAGAAAACAGCUCCAAGUGUUUUAAUCAUAGGGACAUCUAUUAUUACACAUUAUAAAAAUACAUGUUCCCAAGUCAUAUUUACGUAUAUUUAAAUAAAGCUGUUACAGUAUUAUUCUAAUGCCUCUUAUACAGCAUUUUGUGAUUUGCAUUUCUAUUUAAAUCGUUCCUGAAGUUGCUCCUAAGACCCAUGCUGAUUUAAUUCAUUAUUGCAGCCUGCCAUUUCCUAACUAUUGUGCACCUUCUUCCUUGUCGAAGUAGCCACAACGGGAUUCUUUACCGAUGCUAAUUAAAAACAGCAAAUCCCUCUUUGGCGGCACUUUUGUUGUAGGAGUCAAUUGGGUGAUGUGACAUCACAUCAGUUCCUUGUGCAUUUCCCUGCCUCAGCCUACAUCCCGCCACACAAAUUGGAUUCUCCCAGAAAGCACGUGUCGCGGUGAGGUCACCACAACUGACUCUCUGUUGCUGGGGUGGGUAAGUUUGGAUUGCCACAGCUACCCGAUUGGACCCUCGGAAGCAUGGGACCUGUUCCAGCCAAUGGGGUUGCAGAAAUUGCAACCUCAUUGGCUGGAUCACCUGCCCACCCUCCCUAUAUUAGGGUCUGUGUUGACCUUGCUAUACCGUUGUGGGUUGUCUGCUUUUGGGGCAGGGGCCCAGUAGGAAUUUUCCCCACUUGGCUGAUUGGUGGUUCCUUUUGGGUUUUGCCUACCGUGUAGCUAAUCUUCACAACUUUGUAAGGUUUGCGGUUAGGCAUUGGUUAAUGUGUGUGGAGGGGACGAGCCAUGACUGUGACCUGUCCCUCUGAUGGUUGCUGCGUAGGUAUUCCGUUAAAGGAAUCCAUCGGCUUAUCAUGCAUUUGUCCGACUCCUGAAAGGGGGAUAGGGCCAUGCAAGAGCCCCUAGAAGCAUUCUGGGUGUGAUCUUAGGGAUCGGCACCCAUCCCAAUCAAUCUCCUGGGGUGCUUACCUUGAUGGACCUCUGCAACUGGCAGUUGUCAUUUCUGUUCCUGUCCUGGAUAGUCUGGGACAGGUUCAGAUAGUCUUAACCAAUGCCUAAGCAAACCAAUCACAGCCUGUAAUCAGUAAAGUUGUGGCCAAAAUUAUGCCAAACCUCAAACUAAAAUCUGAGUCAUGUCUUGUCAGGGAACUGCCAUCGGAAGGAAGGGAGGUGAAAGGACUCAGACAGGUUGGAAGAGAUUCAGCAGCUGAAGAGGGAACCAGCAAGGGGAGAGAAGCUGAACUGAGGGAGGUGAAAGGGCUCAGACAGGUUGGAAGAGACUCAGCAGCGGAAGAGGAAACCAGCAGGGGGAGACAAGCUGAACUGAGGGAAAGGGAGCUGGGGGGAUGGCUCAGAGAUACUUCCAGCGAAAACAGUGGUGAGGUUUCCGGACCUCCUGUAGCGACACCCACUCCUCGCCGGAAACUGUCACGCAGAGAGUCCAGAAGACGUGUUUCCGUUAAGGAGCUUUUAUGUUGGAAGCGAUUACGAAAGCAACCACUGUCGGAAUCUUCUAGUGACUAAGAGGAGCCAUGUCAGAGGGGCUCAGUCACAGACAGAGGUUUGUGGACUUGAACAAACUCUGAGGGAAUACGAUUUUACGCACAAGCAGCUCAUAAUCCCAUCACAGCAUUCCGACAGUCUUUGAACGCAGCUUGUGCAGGAGACGGCAUAAUAAUGAGCAACCCAGCAGGAACCGGAGAAGCAGGGGCUGGAGCGGGUCCAAGCCUGGAAGAAAGGUACCGGGUGUUAGAGGUCCAGCUGGCGCUGCAGACGGCGAGGCUGGAGGAGAGGAGGGCUCAAGAUGCAGACAAAGGGAGAAAGCCACCCAGCUCGCCAGAAAGGUACCAGGAUUGGUGCAAAAAUUUGGGGGGGAGCCCAAAGACUAUCAUAGCUUUCGGACAGAAAUGCAAUAUGCCCUCAAUCUGCAGUUUGAUGAUUUCCCUGAUGAGGAAUCACGAGUGGCUUUUGUGAUUGGGCAUCUUGAAAAGGGGGCGAGAGACUGGGUUAGACCCCUGAUGGCAGCGAAUAGUGACGUCUUAAAAGACACGAUGAAGUUCUUUCGCGCCAUGGAUCUGAUGUUUUCCAGCGAUAUUGAAAAGGGAGUGGUGCGCAGACAGUUAAUGGCUUGCAAACAGGGGAGCCGAUCUGUACGUGAGUACUGGACUGAGUUCACCAUGCUGAUACACAGAUUGGGGUGGGACUUAUCGGCGGAACCCAUUCAAAUGCUCUUUGAAGAAGGGCUUUCUUCGGCUGUGAAAGAUGAACUUUCCCGGGCGCCCAGGGCGGAGUCUAUGGACCAGCUGACCAAAUCAGCGCUGGCCAUAGGAGCGCGCCAGGAGGCGAGAGCAUUGGAGAGGCGGGAAGGGAAAGGGGAACGUUGGAAGGAGUUCCGCAUUCCAGACAUUCCAGAGCCAACUGUCCCGCCGGCAGAGCCGAUGGAAAUCGGACCAGCGCGCGCGAGUUUCAAAGCCCAGUGAGGGGGAAAGAAGGAUGGAAAAGGCGCCCGGAAAUGCUAUCUCUGCCAACAGCCAGGGCACUUUGCCAGAGUCUGCCCCCAGAGGAAGGAAUGGCAAGGGAUGGUGGGAGCUGUGGAGGGAAGAGAGGAAAAAUACCGGAGCAACUAAAAGCCAACGCCUGGCUGCCAUUGUCGGGGCACAGCAGCCAGGCCAAAGAGCAGUGAAAGUGCCCACUCCAGAACCUCCUAAACCCGCCCUAGUGAUAGAAGUGACACUAGAGCUCCCAAACGGACACCCUCUAAAGAUAAAGGCGCUGUUGGACUCAGGCAGCUCCUGCAAUUUCAUGAGCAAAGAGUUUGCAGCUGAACACCAGAUACAGACGCUCCCUUGCAGGUAACCACGAUCGAUGGCAGGGAGCUGUUGGGAGGAGAAGUCAGCUUGCAGACCGUCCCAAUGAUAAUGAAGGUGGCAAGGCACACUGAACUGAUAGCUUUUAAUGUGGCCACCUUGGGAGGAGCUCCCAUUAUAUUGGGGAUGAGCUGGCUAGCGUUACAUGAUCCGCUGGUGGGCUGGCAUCAGAGAGUGGUUUCUUUUGGGUCAGCACAUUGCUUAGAACAUUGCAAAGAGGGAAAGGUUUUGGCAGGGGCCCAAGCCACCCUAGCAGGGACUGAAGUGAAGGAGAACGUGAAGGUACCACGACAAUACGCAGAUCUCCGCGACGUCUUCAGCGAAAGGAAGCUGACCAACUACCACCGCAUAGAGCCUUUGACUGUCAAAUCAAUUUGCUCCCUGGGGCACAGCUCCCUGUGGGCAAGCUGUACGCCAUGUCAGACAGAGAGAUGCAGGAGCUAAGAGAGUUCAUUGACAAGAACCUGAAGAGAGGGUUCAUCAGAGAGUCCAGGGCGGUGGGGGCAGCCCAGUGUUUUUGUGGACAAAAAAACACGAACAAGCCGAGACUGGUGUGUGACUUCAGGGCCUUAAAUGCAGUGUCAGAACCAGUGGCCUUCCCGAUGCCCAGGAUUGACGACAUUUUGACAAGGGUGCGAAAGGGAAAGAUUUUCACCAAGCUGGAUAUAAGUGGGGAGUACAACCUGAUACGAAUAAGGAAGGGGGAUGAAUGGAAAACCACCAUGUUCACCCCUUUAGGGGCAUUUGAAUACUUAGUUAUGCCCUUCGGUCUACAAGCAGGCUCCGCAACAUUUCAAUCGUUUAUGAACCACGUCCUGGGGCCGUUGCUUUACAAGAAUUGUGUGGCCUUCUUAGACGACGUGUUGGUGUAUUCUGAGAAUGAGGAGCAGCAUGUGAGAGACGUCAGAGAAGUGUUGAGCAGGCUGCAAGCCAACCAGCUGUGGGUGAAACUGGAGAAGUGUCAGUUUCAUACCAAGGAGGUGGAAUUCCUGGGGUAUCGCCUGUCUGACAAGGGGUUGGCCAUGGAUCCCGGCAAGGUCCAGGCGGUACUGGAAUGGAAAACACCCAAAACAAGGAAGGAUGUGCAGAGGUUUUUAGGGUUUGGGAACUUCUAUCGUAAGUUCAUCCCAAACUUUGCCCACCUGACGGCGCCCAUUACGGACUGUCUCAGCAGUAAGAAGAAGUUCGUUUGGACGGAGGAGGCGGAGCAAGCAUUUGAGGAACUAAAAGGGGCCUUCGCCUCGGAACAACAGCUCCUGCAUGUGGAUUUACAAAAACCGAUGAGAGUGGAAACUGACGCAUCAGACAGAGCGGUUGGGGCGGUGCUUCUCCAGCCAGGGAAGGAGGAGUCAGAGUGGAGACCGUGUGCCUUUUUUCGCGAAAGCUGAACAAAUCCGAGAGGAACUACACGGUGUAUGACCGAGAACUACUAGCCAUUCAUGAGGCGUUCCGGAGAUGGAGGCACCUGCUAAUUGGCGCACAACAUAAGGUGCAAGUGUGCACUGACCACAAGAACCUAGAGUAUUGGAGGACGGCACGAGUGCUCAACCAACGGCAAGUGAGAUGGGCCCAGGAAUUCUCCAAAUUUAACUUUGAGAUUUGUUACGUGCCAGGCUCAGAGAACAUUAGGGCGGACGCUCUCUCACGCAAACCUGAAUAUUGGGAGGGGGGGGAGCACCCGAAGAGAGACAUGUCAUUCCAGAGGACCGCUGGGUGUGUGGGGCGGCAUUGGUGGGACAAAGAGAACUGGUAGAAGAAACAGAGAAUGAUGAAUACGCCCAGAAUAAGCUCAGAGGUCUUAGGGAUGAGGGAGAGGAAUCAAGGGGUUUCGAGGAAAGAAAUGGAGCUUUGUAUUACAAAGGGGCACUGUAUAUCCCUGAAGGAGAUUUAAGGGUUGUGGGUACUCAAGCAGUUGCAUGACAGCCCCACGGCGGGCAUUUUGGGCAACACAAAACCAUGUGGUUGGUCACCAGGGAAUUUUGGUGGCCUAAGGUGAGGGAGGAUGUACGUGAGUAUGUAAGAGGGUGCGAGCAGUGCCAGCGAGCCAAAGGGGAAAGGCGGGCGCCGGCGGGGCUAUUAGAACCCUUACCAACACCAGAACGACCUUGGGAGGCAGUGUCGAUAGAUUUUAUGACUGAUCUGCCGAAGUCCAAAGGGAAAACAGCCAUCAUGGUGGUGGUAGACCUACUAACAAAGAUGUGCCACUUUGUAGCUUGCUCGCAUGCAGUCACGGCGGAAGAGACAGCGAAGUUAUUUGUAGAACACAUUUUUAGGUUGCACGGGGUGCCAUUGAGGGUGGUCUCAGACCGAGGAAAACAAUUUACUUCCAGGUUCUGGAGGAAGCUCAUGAGCUUACUGCAGGUGGAGGUCAACUUUCGACUGCCCGGCACCCUGAAACCAACGGGCAGGCGGAAAGAGCAAACGGUGUCCUCCAGCAAUACCUGAGGUGUUAUGUCAAUGACAGAGAGAAUGACUGGGUAGAAAAGUUGGCGCUGGCGGAAUUUGCCUACAACAAUGCCGAGAAUGUGUCCACAGGGAUGAGCCCCUUCUUGGCUAAUUAUGGGUGUCAUCCCAGGGCUUUCCCAGGGGAGAAGGGGAGAGAUGGAGCGUACCGGCAGCCGAGCAUUUUGUAGAAGAAAUGGAAGCAAUCCACCGUCAGCUCCAACUCAACUUAGAAAGGGCGAAGGAAGAAUACAAGAGGCAGGCAGACAAGAACCGAAGGGAAGGUGAAACCAUAAGGGUUGGAGAUAGGGUGUGGCUGUCAACCCGAGGGUUGCCGUUCAAAGGAGGUUGUAAGAAAUUACGACCCAGGAGGUUGGGUCCCUUUGAGGUCAUUCAACAGGUCAACCCAGUGGCUUUCAGGCUCCGGUUACCCAACCACAUGAAACUGCACCCAGUAUUUCACAGGUCGUUACUGUCACCGUACGAGGGGGGACGAGAAGGGAUGGACACUCGGGGACCGGUCAUAGAAGAAAGAGAAUGCAGCAGUCAUGUGGCAGAAAUCCUUGAUGCCAGGUGGAAGGGGAAUCAGGUGGAGUAUUUGGUAGCGUGGGAAGGAGAACCGGAGUCAGAAAACACGUGGGUAAUGGCCAAAGAUAUCAAUGACGAGGUAUUGAUAGAAAUGUUCCAUCAAAGGUUCCCGCGGAAACCUCAGCCUGUGGAGAGGUUCCGGAGGGAAUACUUUGGGACCACUGAGGAGGAGGAGGAGUUGGAAGGAUUCCCAGAAUCGGAAGGGGAAGGGGAGAUGGACUCGGAGGAGGAGGAGUGCUUCGAGACCAGGAACCGCAACAGGUGGAGAGAAGUGUUCGAGACAUCGGAAGAUGAAGGAAGUUCAUUCCGGGUUUUGCCUCCUCACCGCCCGUAGAGGAGGGGCGAGAGGGGGUGAAGGGGGCCCUGGAGGGGAGGUGGAUGUCAGGGAACUGCCAUCGGAAGGAAGGGAGGUGAAAGGACUCAGACAGGUUGGAAGAGAUUCAGCAGCUGAAGAGGGAACCAGCAAGGGAGAGAAGCUGAACUGAGGGAGGUGAAAGGGCUCAGACAGGUUGGAAGAGACUCAGCAGCGGAAGAGGAAACCAGCAGGGGAGACAAGCUGAACUGAGGGAAAGGGAGCUGGGGGAUGGCUCAGAGAUACUUCCAGCGAAAACAGUGGUGAGGUUUCCGGACCUCCUGUAGCGACACCCACUCCUCGCCGGAAACUGUCACGCAGAGAGUCCAGAAGACGUGUUUCCGUUAAGGAGCUUUUAUGUUGGAAGCGAUUACGAAAGCAACCACUGUCGGAAUCUUCUAGUGACUAAGAGGAGCCAUGUCAGAGGGGCUCAGUCACAGACAGAGGUUUGUGGACUUGAACAAACUCUGAGGGAAUACGAUUUUACGCACAAGCAGCUCAUAAUCCCAUCACAUGUCUGAAUUUAUUUCUAGGCAGUUUUGGUGAUCUUAACACGCAACAGACAUCAGGGUGGGCUGACACAAUUAAGAUGCCUAUGCCUCACUACUGCAUAUUAUGGCCUAGAAAAAAUAUCGUAUGCCUGUGAAGAAUUAAGUCUAGACUCAGGAACAGGACUCAGGAAUAGCUUGCACAUUUCAGGUUUCACAAAGACAUUGUAAAAUACUAUGCAAAUGUCAGUCUAGAGUAUGAAUGUCAAUCUCUGCCCAGUGAUGAAUAUCUGUCCAAGACAAGGGCAUUACUAGAGUAAAGGCCCCAUAAUCCCAUGAACCAAUUAUGGGAUUACACGGGACUUUGGGGUUUUGUUUUGUCCUGGUGAGCUGGAAAGAAAAAUUAACUUGUACACACUUUCAUUUUGCUUGUGGCAGCUGAGGCAGAACUGCCUCUAGAACGUUUGCAGAUGUUUCUUACAGUUUGUAGGACUCACAGCUGUGUGGUUAUGGUGCUGCAUAAUCUUUUUUUAACCCUCCCUCCUUUUGCUACACACUGUGAUUAAUCCUUUUUGAGUCCUUAAGACUCACAACCUUGCAUAGUAUUCCAAAUCACGUCCAUUUGUUAACUAAUGUUUAGAUCAUCUUCUAAGCCUAUUUCACGCCUGUGGACUACGGCUGGCAAGAAAAGAUUCAUCCAUGUGUCAAGUGUGGCAGAAGCAUCUAUUUACAAUUGUAAAUUAAGUAUUUGUUUGCAAGAAUUAAUCUCCAGUUUUCUCCCACAUUAAUCCUCAUGUUAACUAUAUCAUCGUUUUAUCUUUUGUGCUUGAGGAUCGGUCACUGCCUUGUUUCCCCUCUCACACAACGUAAUUGGGAAGCAAUGGGAAUAACAAAAGAGAGAUAUGACCUCUUCUCUGAAUUUUGCAAUGCACUUCUCCAACCAAAGAAUGUUCACAAAACUGUCUUAAAAGAACAGAAAUUCCAAAAAAAAAGGUGGUUAAGUUGUUUAUGUACAGCAGUUAGGGGAGAUGGGUGGUGCUGUGGUCCAAACUACUGAGCCUCUUGGGCUUGCCGAUUAGAAGGUCGGCGGUUCAACUCCCCACAACCAAGUGAGCUCCCAUUGCUCCCAGCUCCUGCCAACCCAGCUGUUCAAAAGCAUGCUAGUGCAAAUAGAUAGAUAGGUACCGCUGCAGUGGGAAGGUAAACAGCGUUUCCGUGCACUCUGGCUACCAUCAUGGUGUUCCAUUGUGCCAGAAGCGGUUUAGUUAUGCUGGCCACAUGACCCGGAAAGCUGUAUGUGGACAAACACCGGCUCCUUCACCUGAAAGCAAGAUGAGCGCCGCAACCCCAUAGUUGCCUUUGACUGGACUUAACCAUCCAGGGGCCCUUUAGCUUUCUACCUUUUUACAGCAACUAGGAUUCUUUAUGCAUAAGAAUGGAAAGAUUAAGACAUUCCCACCAAAGAAGAAUGGAUAAGUAGAGUUAUGGACAAUGCUGAAUCAGCAAAGCUAACCACUAGAAUAAGAGAAUGAUGAUUGCUUUAUGGAAGAUGGAAGCCUUUUUCAGACUAUUUAAAGAAAUAUUAUACUACGGUAAAUUCACAAUCAGGAUUUGAACUAUGAGCAACAGAAGGCAUUAGAGAUUACUGUAUUAUUGUUAGGAUUUAAGAGAGGGGAGAUAAGGUUCAGCAAGGGGGAGAAAUAAUAAUAAAAAACCCACCAUGGAAAAUGGGAUGGGAAGUGGAUAAAACGUUAGAAAAUGGAAUGUCUUGGACUGUCCAUGUGAUUUUUUUGGGAAAUGUAAUAAAAAAUACCUUAAAAAGAAUGUUUACAAAACUGCACAUUAGGGAAAUGUGUACAUAAAAUGAAUAUAUUAAUGAAAAGAACAUACAAAAACAUUUUAUUGGGUGAAAAUGCUUGCAAAAACGUGUGCAUUAGUCAAAAUUGCAUGCAAACACAUAUAUUAGGAAAAAUUCAUAGGAAAAUGCUGGUGAAGAUUCACAAUUUUUUUAAAAAAAGAAAUGCAAAUUCCUGUAGAAUUGUGAAGAAGUGAAUUUAACGUUGGGGAAAAUGAGAAACUUAGAGAACAAAAAUUAACAACCCAUCCAUCUCUCGUUAUGGAAAAAUAAUAAUAAUCUUGGCAACUUUAACUGAUAAUGUUGUUAUAUUGUUUCUGCAGGAGAGGAGUCACUCACCAUUUUUGUGGACAAGCGGAAGCUGAGUAAGAGAUCGGAAGCAAGUGAUCCCAGCAUUAACAGUACCACAGUGACACUGGAAACACUACACCAACUGGCAGCCUCAUACUUCAUUGACCGGGACAGCACCCUGAGAAGACUCCACCAUAUUCAGAUUGCCUCCACUGCCAUAAAGGUAUAA